AUCCUACGUUUCUGUGUAGCAGGGGAAGAUACAGAUGAUCCCUUGCGUGUGAGACAACACCCCAGAGAUGAGAUCGAAGAACAAGGGAUCUCCCGAAAUAAUAUCUAUAUUUUAGAUCUCUGUCUUUAAAGAAAAUGUAUUUGGUAGAUAAUUGUACCUCAGAAAGACGCUUAAGAUUCUGAUGCAGAAUACAUUUAAUUAAGAUUAAUGAAAAAUAGGGAAGGAAUGUGUGCGGUUGCAAUUUAAUCGUUUUAUGUGUAACGUUAGGUGUGACCGCGCACAUUAACGCACUGCAAACGUGCUAAAAUACACAGUUCUAGGUUUAGAUUUUUACAGACAACAAGAUGAGCAGUGGCAGUAAGCGAGAGAGAGAACAGAGGAAAAAACUGCAGCACUUUCUGACAGACCUGGCCUUAUUGGGAUCAUUGCAGGGUUUCCGGUACUUUCAACCUUGGCUGAGGGGGAGAGAGGAGCUACUCCUGACUGUAGUCAAUGAAGACCUGGGUUGGCGUUCCCCUCGGUUCAUGGUGUCGGCAGCCUCCUCCUUCAGUAGCAGUUCCUCAUCCAGCAGCACCAGUAGCACCUACAGCCUGGCUAGUGACACCAGCUCCCCCCUGCCUGGGGACCACCAGGGGCCUCAUCAAGGCCCUCAGGGGCCACAAAGCAUGCCAAGGAAGCAGCAGCACUCAUCACAGGGGCCCCACCACCAUGCCCACAAGGGCAGCAGUGAGGCCCAUCUCCUACCAGCCUCCCCCAGUGAAAGAGAGAUUGCAGUGCCUGAAGUGAAUUGCACUCUUUUCCUAUUGGCUGGCUACGCCAAGUAUGGUCGCCCGUACGCCUGGAUAAGGUCCAAUCACGAGCGCCUGGUCAACAUCGGAGGCACUGAUUCAAUGGUCAAGGACACACCCAUGAAACUCAAGGCCAUCACGGACUGGGGAUCACAAGGAAUACGGGUAUGGGAUGUAGUGAGUGAGCUGGUGUGCCUGUGCACUGUUCCAUCUCCCUCCAACCCCUUUGCCCUGGACAUGCGCUACCUGAAAAACCUUCCUCUCCCAGAGCGCUUCCUGGUCUCUGGGGCUCUGCUUAACUUCCUGGAAACCUACGCUGUCUAUGGCAACCGGGAUGAGCUGCACUACGACAAAGUCGUAGAAGAGGUGAAGUCUCUGAGGCGUCUCCAUGUCCAGACUCUGUCUGAGGUCCAGAGGAGACCGGGCAGAAGCACCAGGCCAGCCACUCCCGCUUCAGGAGAGUCCUCAGAGGAAGAGUGACAAGGGUCAUAUUCCUAAGUGCACAGCACACCGUAGCGAAACGCUUUGCAACGAAUAACAAAAAACGACAGUUUCUCAUAGGACAAGUCCAGGGGUGCUUUCAGUUCGAUAUAACGUUUGCCAUGUUGCGUAACGGUUUGUACUGAACGACACGUUUCCCAAAAACGUUUGUUCUUCAACGUUCUUGAACAGACUUUGAGGUAUGUUUGCUCUGAUUGGUAAUGCAUUUUGAACCCACAACCCAUUUUUCAACUGGUCAUUCAGAAAAGCACCGGUUCCUUUUUAAUUGAACGCUCCACUAAUUAUUUUCCAACUGAACGCAGCCCAGGUAGUCUCUCCCUGUUUCAGGAUGUUUUCUUCCUUUUGGUGUCCCUGAAUACAACCCUGAUGUGGUGGUCAGAGUAGACAUUGUAUGAUGGAAGGAGACUGAGGGGUACUAGUAUAUCCCGUUGUCUGUGCAUUUUUACUAAAGGUAAACAUGUAGCCAUAUUGAAUGAUUAUUUCCCCAACAGAGGUAGGAUCAAUGUGCCAAUAAGACAAUACAAAGGGAACUAUUAUUUGUCCCAAAAAAAUUCUCUAAUUCGAAUGUGCUAGGCCCAUAAAUAGGGCACAUUUGAAUGUAUGGUACUCCAUCUCAAUGUGUUAAUGUACUGUAAUUUCACCGCCGUCAUAGAGUGAUGUCGAAGUAAAUGCCAGUUUAAGCGAUUAUGAAAUGGGUCAGAAUAAAGUAAAGUACCAUAAGAAAUAAGCCUCAUGACUUUCACCUUAUCCCAUGACCCCUGGUGAACUUCUGCCUUCCAGCUCCGGCCCCAUGACAGAAUGUUGUUUAAUUUGAGUCCUAGAUAUACUGACCCUUAAAAAAGGGCAAAUAGACUUAAAUAGAUACGCCUCAGAUUGUUUUGUCUCAUUCAUCAAAUGCUUGGCACCAGGACUAAAGAUACAGUAUGUAGGGGGGUACAGGGGGCUCGUUUUGGCCUGAGGUUGGCUGUUUUGAUGCUCUGAGUCUUCAGUUAA